AUGUCAAACACGAACCCCAAUCUCCCAACUCCCGCGAUCAAUUCAGCGACUUACUAUGACGUUGGUACCCAGCAGUUGAAUCUAUUCAUUACCUAUCCCAGCGGCUUCUCUCUCUGGCCAAAAGGCAUAGUGGUCGACCUCAUCACACCCCCAUCUACAUCCCCAACCAGAAUCGGAAACGGAGCCCCAAUCUUUCCAGCCAAUUCGAAUACGGGAACCUUGGUGAUGCCACUGGCAUUGACUUCGGCUUCUCAACAAGGCCAACUGACGGUUGCUUCUCUAGAUGCAUCUUGGGAUACGGGUGCUCCAAGUGAUCCUUGGCAGUUUCCUGUAAUCACUUCAUCGCCUUUAACCAGCCCCGCUUCGGCCAGUUUCAAUUCUCUCGGUUCUGUUGAAGUCACCUGGACAUAUAUUGCUGGGAUGGGCGCAACUGGACAACAAGUUGCACUAAUCAUUCCGGGCGAGCAUCCGAUUACAAUAAUAGUUGAAAGUCCGGAUGUUACUGCCACCUUCACCAUGGCCCAAGCCAAUAAUAUGUUCUCGCCAGGCCUUACGGUCACCAUCCAAUGUGCUGCCAUUUCACCGGGCCUGUGGGCUGCUCCUGUUACCACCACUUUUACCAUUCCCCAGUCCAGUCAAAUGACUCCUUACUCGAUCAAGGGUGCACCCCCUAUAUCCCCCAACUGUACUAUGACUAGCCUGCCCGUGCAUGGCACAAGCAAUUUGGAGGUCUGGUGGGGAACCGCUGAAGGAGCCAUUGAGACAACUUGGUUUCCCAACACGGACCUAUGGGGGUUCGCCGGCGCGUCGACAAUUUCUAACACAGGAUCUUGUCUAGCUUCAAUAUCCAUCACCCCUACCAAUCAACAGGUUUGGUGGAUCACAGAAACUGGGGCUAUUGAUGGAAAGGUUUAUAACGGUAACGGAUGGGCGUCUCCCGGGACUGGAGCUGGCGAAGCAAUUCCCUUCAACGUAGCCGGUACAGCUUCAACAACCAAUGGUGGUUCCAUGACAGGUCUGGUACUAGAGGGCAACACUGGAGCGAUCCUUUUCUGGGUCGACCCUUAUGGCGCCGUCGCAUACUGCAGAUGGCUUGCUAGCUCGGGCUGGCAGAAGGCUGUGUUGGAUGCGCUUCCUCAGAAAACAGCAAGCGCUACUACUCAGCUGUCUGUCCUGUCUGUCGGCAGUAGUGUCUAUCUGUUCUGUGUUUCUCCAAGUGGUGCAGUUGUCGGUGCUAGUUGGCCCAACGCCUCCUCGGUCGGUAAUUUGGGUUGGAUGUCCCAAUUCACAGUUCCGUCAUCUGGCAAUGCGGCGCCUGGGGGUGGAUUGGCUUCCUUCAGCGUAAACAGCGUAAGCACAAAGGAGAUUGCGGUUAUAUGGACUACGGCACAGAAUAGCAUCGAAAUGUCUCUUGUUUAUGGUGGUGAUUCACCUCAAAACAUACAGCUACCUGUUACCAUAGCUCAGUCGGUUUUAGGAGGGACUGGUAUAGCAGCUUAUUCCAUGGAAACAAAUCAGUGUUCCAUAUGGUGGAUUGGACAAUCAAGCGAUCUUAGGAGGACGAACGUGGAUCUCACCAAGCUCCAAGCAACAACGACCCCCGACUGGCCUGUAUUCGAGGACCUUGGCCCCGGCUCUUGCAAGCAAAUGCGGUCGCUUAUUGUUCAGCCAGCAUCGGCAACGGAAAUCUGUCUCUUGUAUGUCAGUGCGAAUGAUACUGUUGCAGUGUUGUCCUAUACACCCUAG